CAAGACUAGCUUGGAAUUUUCUGAUGACGAUCAGAUAUGAAGUCUGUGGCGCAUAUUUAAUAACUCCUGAAAUACUAAGAAUCCCUAAUAGAUUGUCCUCUCUAGGACCAGGGCUGCUACAAAUAAGAUCAACCUCCAUCUCUUUGCCUCUCUGCCUCCUAGUAAUAAUGGCUAUCUGGAUCAUAUUCGCAUGGCUUCUUUUUGUCACACUUAUCUCCCUUCUUUCUUUCAGAUACAAAAAAAUGGAACAACGAAACGCUGUGUACAGGCUCCCUCCUGGCCCGAAGAAGCUUCCCUUAAUUGGGAACUUGCAUCAACUUGGUAGGCUGCCUCAUCACUCCUUGUGGCAACUCUCUCAAAAAUAUGGCCCUCUCAUGUAUUUGGAACUAGGCAGCAUGCCAACAGUAGUAAUCUCAUCUGCUGAGAUGGCCAGAGAAGUAAUGAAAACUCAUGAUCUCGACUUCUGCUCGAGGCCUCGCCUUGUUGCUGCCGAUAAAUUGUCUUACAACUAUUCGACUAUAAGCUUCUCACCCUACGGCGAAUAUUGGAGAGAGAUGAGAAAGAUAUGCAUCCUCGAACUUUUCAGCGCCAAGAGGGUGCAAUCAUUUCAAUUUAUAAGGGAAGAAGAGAUUUCACUAAUGAUCAAUAGCAUCUCCCACUCUUCAGCAACUCCUAUAAAUCUUAGCAAGCUGAUGAUGACACUGGCAAAUAACAUAAUAUGCAGAGCUGCGAUGGGUAAGAAGUAUCAAGAAGGUGAUUAUGAGAGGGGCAUAUUUCACAAGCUUCUUCACGAAACGCAGGCAUUGGUAGGCAGUUUUUGUAUUGCAGACUUCUUCCCAUCAAUAGGCUGGAUGGACAAGCUAACUGGACUAGCAGGCAGGCUUGAGAAGAACUUCAGGAUGCUUGAUGCGUUCUAUGAGCAGGUCAUCAGGGAGCACCUUGACCACCGGAGGAUGAGACCCGAACAUGAAAACAUAGUUGAUGUAUUGCUUAGAUUACAAAAGGAUGGACAUGUAACAAAAGAUCACAUAAAGGCAGUGCUAACGGAUAUCUUGUUUGGCGGAACGGAUACAGCUUCUGCAACCUUAGAAUGGGCUAUGGCGGAGCUUGGAAGACACCCAAGACAGAUGAAGAAAGCACAAGAAGAAAUAAGAGCCUCUUUAGGAACUGAAGGAAAGGUGGAAGAAGGAGAUCUUCACCAGCUUCAAUACCUCAAGUCUGUGGUGAAAGAGACAUGGAG